AUGGUUGUUUUAGCCGUAUCAAUAACCACUAAAAGUGGUAAGCCAUUACUCUCAAGGCAAUUUAGAGACAUCACAAAAGACCGUGUUAUGGAAUUAUUGUCCAACUUUCAGAACCUAGUGGCAAGUUCCUCUAGGGAACACACUUUUGUUGAAGAAGAGCAUGUGAGGUACAUAUAUAUACCAUUUGAUGAUUACUAUAUUAUUUUAAUUACAAAUCGUCAAUCCAAUAUCAUUCAAGAUAUGGAUACCUUGAACUUAUUUUCCCAAACAGUUAAUUCUAAUCUAAAGGGGUUUAGUGAGGAAGACAUGCUGAACAGUGCAUUCGAUAUCCUAGGAUCUUUUGAUGAGAUUAUAUCUUUGGGCUACAAGGAGAGUUUGUCGUUAAGUCAAAUCAACACUUUUUUGUCUAUGGAAUCUCAUGAGGAAAAGAUUCAAGAGAUUAUCGAACGCAACAAAGAAUUUGAAGCCGCUGAGGAAAGGAAACGUCGUGAAUUGGAGAUUUCUAAAAAGGAGUUUGCAAGGAGACAAGGGAAACUUCCACCUAGUUGGAACGAUAAUAUGAAAUUCCAAGGUUCUAAUAUGAGCAAUGCGUACAAUAGUUACUACAGCAAUGCGUCUCCUGCUGCGCAACAAUCUUUCAAGCAUCUGCAACAACAGCAGCAUACAAUUGAGGAUGGUUCAUUUCCUACAAGUCCAGCGGCAUCAGCUAUUAAUACCCCAAGGGGAUCCGGCAUGAAGUUGACUGGUAAAAGGGGUAUAAAUGUCCCUGAUUUGUCGGCUAAGACCUCAGCUAGUCCAUCGAAGCCAGCUGUUAGUAUGUUGCAGUCUGAUGAGGUAAAAAAGAUAAACAAUGGCAUCUUAGUCAGUGUUAAAGAGACUAUUAGUGCAGAAAUUUCACGUGAUGGAUCUGUGACUACGUCGGAGUUGAAAGGUGUCUUAGAGCUUCGUAUCAAUGACCCAGAUCUAGCACGUGCGAGAAUACUACUAGACCCCAAGGUCGAAGUUAAGGAUAGAUCAUUCCAGUUCAAAACACACCCAAAUGUUGACAAAAAUCUGUUUAUGUCCUCCAAGAUAAUUGGAUUAAAGGAUCCCCAAAAGGCGUUCCCUUCAAACGAUCAGAGUUUAGGUGUUCUAAGAUGGCGUAAGGUUGGAUCUUCUGAUGAUAACAGUUUAAUACCAUUAAAUGUUUCUACCUGGGUUUCUCCCUCUUCGGAUGGCACAUUCGAUAUCACCCUAGAGUAUGACAUCAACGAAGAAUAUAACCAGCAAUUGAAGGACCUGCGCUUUGUUGUGCCGAUAUAUACUACGAACGCCACUAUAAAGGAAGAUGCUAAUGAAGUUAAUGGUUCUAUCGAGUCAAUUGAUGAGGAACAUGGUGUUAUUAUCAGGGUCGAUCCUAUUGCGCCAGGCGAGUCAGGCGUUGUGGGCUUCACAAUUAAAGCCCUGGAUGAAGAUGCUCUCUUCCCGAUGAGUGUGGUAUUUAGCAAUCCAGACGAAGAGUCCAUAUUCUCCCAGGUCGCAGUUGCGCAGGUUCAGUCAUCAACAGAGGAAGGGAAGCAGUUACCUUUUGAUGUAACUUCAACCUUGCGGACCGAUGAAUACGUUAUUGUUUAA